GGAUGUACUUUAAACAGCAAUUAAUAGCUGUUUAUAUCAUUGAUAUAAGUGUUGUCUUAGAGACCAUCUGUGGUAGUGGUAGUCCAAAGCUAUAGUAGUUAUCAUAAUAUUUGUUAUUAAAAUCUUCGAAAUUCAAACGUUUUGUUUUUCACUUUCAAUAAAUUCAUUAUAAAAAAGUUAAAAUUUUGUGACUAUUAAUUUGCGUAACAGUGAUAACAAUUUUAUUGUAGAUAAUUAUCAAUAAUAAUAAUCAAUAACAUAGACAAACAUAUUUGUAAAAUGUCUGACCAAGAGUUUGUCAAAAAAUGUUUGGUUUGUGGCGACAAAGCUAUUGGUAAUAAUUUUGAUGCCCUGUCCUGUGAGUCUUGUAAAGCAUUUUUCAGAAGAAAUGCCAUCAAAACUAAGGAAUUGAAAUGUCAUUUUGACGACAACUGUCACAUCGAUGUCCUCACCCGAAGAUUUUGCAAGAAAUGUCGUCUCAGAAAGUGCUUUGAUAUAGGAAUGAAAAAAGAUUGGAUUCUUUCAUCUGAAGAGAAAAAAGAAAGAAAGAAAAAAAUUGAAACAAAUAAAAAAAGACGAAAACACAGCAUCAGUUCGGGGAUCAACACUUCGGAUUCAUCGACCAGUUCUGUCACAUCACCCGAAAGCGGAUCUAUUGUACCAUUUAAUGAUGACUUUGACUUAAAUCAUAUAAAAGCGUUGGAAAUUCCGGACUCAUUUGGUGACAUUGAGUUAGGUAUCGAUGAAAUCAAUACACAGAUUAUGGAAAUUGAAAAUUAUUUGAAAGAUGACAACAAUAGCGAUGAGGAAAACUCGGACGAGAUAUCAGAUCUGGUGUACCAAAAGGCCGCUGAACUUGAGUUUACUGUAUUACCGAUCGCCCGACCGUUUACUGACAGUCGGUAUGCUUUUAAUGAGUUGGAGGGAAACAAAUUGGCCGAACUGUUUAAUGCGACCACUUUUUUCAUUGAUCCCAAAGUACCCGUAACCUCACAGGCUAUGACUCAACAGGAUAUGAAUAAAAUAUUGUGCAAUAAAGUUGAAGACUAUAUAUUAAAAGUGAUCAAAAUGUCCAAAAUGUUGUCAUCAUUUAAUAAUAUUUGUGAAAAUGACAAAAUAUCUCUAAUAAAAUUUGGAGCAAUGGAUUUAGUUUAUAUAAGACAAGUGUCAAUAUUUGAUGCCGAAACCAAACAAUGGAAAUAUGUUAUGGAUAAUCAAAACUCUGUCUUAUUAAGCCUUGAUAUGAUGAAAGAAUUGCCUAAAAAAAUAUUUUCAAAAUAUAAAAGAUUUUUCCUUAAAAUUAGCAAAGAAUGGGAAACAGAUCCAGUGAUUCUUGAUUUGUUGACUGCAAUAGUGCUAUUUGAUCCAAAUAGACCUCGACUUCAAAAUAAGGAAUUAAUUAAACUUCAACAAUACAUUUAUAUGCAUUUACUUCAACGAUAUUUACAAUUAAGAUACCAAUCGGAAAGCGAUUCAAAACUAAAAUUUUUGAAACUAUUGAACACAUUAAUUGAUUUGAAUGUUUUGGGACAAACAAAACGUGAAAACGUUAAGAAAAAGGAUCCAAACAUUAUGUCUCCGCUAAUGAAAGAGAUUUUUGAAGUUAAAUCACAAUCUGAUUACAAUAGCGUACAAAAUACUUAUCUCGUCUUUUAACACAUCAAUUAUAUCAUACACUACACACUAAUUAUUUUAAUUUCAUAAUUUAAUUAAUUAAUUAAUUGAAAUUAAAUUAUCAAAUUA